GCUGUACUAUGGUGCGCUUCCAGGGCAGCAAGAGAAACGUCUGAGGGUGCUCGAGUGGGCGCAUAUGCAGCCCUUCUGACAAUUGACCGCCAAAGCUGCGCACGCACCACACACGGGCACACACACACACACACAGAGAGACACACUCUGAGAGCGAGAGGCACACAUGUGUGUGCGCCAACACACCGGGCUGUGUGGCUUUGGCUUGAAAGGAGAUGUUGUCGAUCGCCACGCCCUCGCCUGAACGAAUUAAGUAGUGCACACAUCCAUAUCACACGCACCGCCCCGCACCCCCACCGCACCGACCGGCUUGUGUGAAGUCCCCCAGGAUCUUGAAAGCUGUCAGGCCUGCACGAGAAACGUGUGCAUGUCUCCGCCAUAUUUGUGUGUGUCACCUUUGAGGACCGCAGCGAUGUCGCAGUCCGUCGCGGCGGUGAACGAAGCAGACUGACAUCAUGGGUAUGCAACCGCACACAGACACACAGACAGACAGACAGGCAGAUAGACAGAUGGGGCACUCGAAGUGGAUGAGUGAAUGAGUGGAUACCAUACCUGGUUUUUGGGGUCGACCAGCCAGCCUGACGUGCUAUCGAGAACCACAGACACCGUCUUCUCGCUACCUAUGUGCCACAUCUGUGUGUGUCUCUGUCUCUGUGUGUGUGUGUGUGUCGAUCACACACACACACACACACAGAUGCAUCCGUACCGUCCCAGCUGAGAUUUGCGUCAGUGAAUCUCACCAGCCGCAGCCCACGGCCGCUGUCACACGUGCUGCAAAGUGUGUCCAUGGACACACACAAAUGUCAGUCAUCGCCAGUGCGAGCCGGGCGCAUGUGCACCUGCACUCGAGUACGAUCCACUCUACGGGCGAGUUCAGCCGCGAAAAGAGGCCGUACGUCGACCGCACUGCACACACACAUGCAUGUGAUUGAAGCACGUCGUGGUCAUUGUGUAUGGGUCUGUCAGCGCACCUGUGAAGGCGAGAGUGCCGCCGAAAGCCGACCAGACUUCGGCAGAAUAGAACUUGGCCGGCGCAAGGAAAUACCUAUGUGUGUAUGUUUGUGUGUAUGUGAGCUCAGAGAGGAGACAGACCACGGUGUGCAUGUGUGUGUGUUUGUCGGAGCGUCCAGUCCACACCAACCACUGUUUUGUGUCUGUUCCCGUGCUGAAGUCGAUCAGCUGCAGCGAGUCGGUCGCGUGAAUAUACCGAUUCAGCCCACCUGCACACGCACACAACCGUCUUGUCUUGUCUUUUCUUGAGCCCAGCCGGUAUACCCCAGGCCAGUAUUUGGUGUGUGGGAGUCGCCGUGACGGUGUCGCCCCCUAUCGUCCAUCCCUCAUCGUCUGCACACACACACACAUAUACAUUCUUCCCUCAUCGUCUACGACGUUGCCCACCGCCCACAAGCUCCUCUUGUGGGUGUAUGCGUGUGUGCCUAGCAGGAAGGUGGACUUGACGACAUGGUUGUCCUGGUUCGUCAGCACAACCUUACUGCGGCCACAAAGACACGCAUCUCCUGACAAUUGUCUGUCUCUCUGGCUGGCCCCUGAUCUGUUUUCAUUUGAUUACGUCCUAUCGCUGAUAUCGGCCGUGACGGUGUCGCGCGCCUCGUACUCAAACGAGGCCCAGAAACCUGUAGUUGGACACACACACUCUCACGCACAUACAUAUGGCUGUGGGCGGCUGGUUGUUUGCCUUCCUGCCUGCCUGCCUGCCUGUCUGCUGUCGGACCCACCGUCGGGUCCACUUGUGUAAUAGGGCGGGAUAUACACCACACGGAAGAGAGAAUCCGUCACCUGCACCCCGCAUGUGUGUGGACCGUGAACAGACGCACGCACACGAACGGAUGUCUGCCUGCCUGCCUGCCUGCCUGCCUGUCUGCUUGCCUUGUGUGGCACGACGGCGAUGCUGUUUGUCUGCGCCUUGGGGUCGGUCCCGAAGGUGCGGUAGUUCUGAGACGUCUCAUGCCUGCCCCACACCAACGCACAUGCAUUUGACCAUCCAUCCCCACGCGCAUGCAGACCAGACAGACAUCGGCUGGUAAGUGACCGACGCACGUACAGUGUGCCUGUGGCGGGGAGCGAGGUGAUGUAGUACUCCAGCGUGUUGCCGCUGUCCUCGUGGCCCGACAGUGUCACCACAGUCGGCGUGUUGAACGCCUGACGAGCACCACACGUCAUCGUGGCCAUGCAGCGUGUGUGCCUUUCUCCCGCACCACUGAUGCGGCGAUUGGCCUUGCAAGAGGGUUCAGCACUUGCGCCCAGCAAGCAUGCCCAUACAAGAGAGCCAAAUGCGCCAGCAAGAGAGCGGAGAGCGGCGCCAUUCU